AUGGGAGACUUCUUAAGUUUCACUAGCUGCUUGUUGAACGAUGUGGUCUUGAAGUUCCAAGUAUACCUUAGUUUAUUCUUCAUAUGCAAUGAUAUAACAUUGUGCUACCAGUAUUAUUACUACAACAGCGUAUACCCUAAGAAGCAUGUUAGGAUACCGCAGGAGGAUCACAGUGCGAUUGUAGAUGUUGAGCUUAGAGGUAGCGACUACAACCAAUCCACUGACACUAGUCCCUAUACGACUCAGUCGAUUCAUAUCCAUAAUACGAAACACGACGGUAACACUACCAGGGGCGAGUCCAACAAGGACAACCCGAUCACUGAUUUCCUUUCCUCUUCUGGGUCCCCUGAUGGAAGCUACAGCUCAACGUCAAAUUCGCCCAGUAAGAAGAGCUCUAGAGUGGGAUUGGCUGUCGCUGCCACUGCUUUGAACAUCACUUCAGCAAAUGCGUUCCCCAUUGGAGACAUUUCAUCGACGGCACCAAGUUCCUCAUUAUUUUCAAGGGAGACCCUUGGAUUCAUACUUGCAUGGUCAUGUACUUGCGUUUACGUGGCAUCCCGUUGCCCUCAACUAUACAAAAACUAUCAGAGAAAGUCUGUUGACGGAAUAUCUCCUCUUCUCUUUGGGUCCGCUCUUCUUGGGAACUUAACCUACACUCUUUCAAUCGUUACGAGCUGCUCAUUUUUAUUUUCCGAUACCAAGUCGACUUUCAUCAUGAAGGAAUUGCCCUACAUUCUAGGAAGUUCUGGUACCAUUUUGUUCGAUGUGGCCUAUUUUUACCAGCGUUACUUGUACAGGUUCAAUGGGCGGAACACUCUUGAGAUGGAGCUCGAAGAGGAGACUUGGUACCAAGAUAGGUAA